AUUUUGAGGGUAUUUACUCUCACCGGAAGUUCUAAACCACUUCCUUUUCACGUUUUACUCUUUUGGAACAUCAUUAAGGACGUCCGUUUUCGAAAAUGUCGGAUGCGGAAGGAGAUGAUGUUCCCGUUGUAUCGGGAGGAUCUAUGGAUGUUUUCACAGCAGUCCAAGAAGUUCUGAAGACCGCUUUGAUUCACGAUGGUCUAGCUAAAGGACUUCACGAAUGUGCAAAAGCCCUUGACAAGCGUCAAGCUCAUUUGUGCAUUCUUGCCAACAACUGUGACGAACCAAUGUACGUCAAACUGGUAGAAGCUCUCUGUGCUGAACAUGGAAUUAACCUUAUGAAGGUUGAUGACAACAAGAAACUAGGAGAGUGGGCUGGUCUGUGCAAAAUUGACAAGGAAGGCAAAGCCAGAAAAGUUGUAGGAUGCAGCUGUGUUGUUGUCAAAGAUUACGGAAAGGAGUCUCAGGCCCUGGAUGUUCUCAAUGACUACUUCAGGUCCAAGAAAUAAACGCUGUUAGAAUGUAAUAAACGAAAAAAAUACAAAAGUAAAAAAAGGAAAAAUUGA